CCCACUCGGGCUGGGAAGGGCUGGGGUACGGCUCGGAGUCGGAGCAUGGCUGGUCCCGCGUGGGACAGCCGUGAGCACAGCGUGGUGGUAAGGCCCUGCCCGGCCUCCUGAGCCUCGGGGACCCCAAGCAACCCGGCAGGGGAGGACCCGGGAGGGGAUUCCGGCUCCCCUUGUGCUGUGCUCCCGGCCUGUUCCUACCGCCAGGAGCAGACGUGGCCCUUAGGUCACAGGUGACUCAGGCGAGUGUCACUAGAAACAGGAUGUGUGUUCACUGGGGGUAUGGAAGCAACCAGCCACAGCCGAGUAGGACAGGACAGGCCGGCUGGCACUGAGGCAGGUGGGGAUGGCCCAGAGCACAGUCCCGCCCUGGCUCCUCCUCCGUCGUGCCCAUCCCUGAAGCACCACGGCACUCCUGUCCUGCCUGUCUGCCUGCCGGCUGGAGGUGCAGCAAAAAGCAGGACCCAGACGUCAGCUGCUCUGCGGCUGCCUGCACCUCCAACCAUGGGGAACAGCCACUGUGUCCCUCAGGCCCCUCGGAGGCUCCGGGCCUCCUUCUCCAGGAAGCCCUCCCUGAAGGGAGUCAGGGAGGACAGCGCCAGGAAGCUGGCUGGCCUGUUGGGCAAGGAGGCCAGCCCCGACGGGGACACAGCCGCCGACAAGAUCUUCUGCUACAUCCCGGGGACGGACAUCCCGGGGCUGCAGAACCAACUGGAGACCUCGGAGCAGCCGUUCCUCAGCAUCUUCAGGAAGAGCCGGCGGAGGGUCCCCGUGCGGACACUGGGCAAGGUCGUGCACUACGCCAAGGUCCAGCUGCGGUUCCAGAACAGCCAGGAAGCCAGUGACUGCUACCUGGAGCUGUUCCCCGCGCACCUGUACUUCCAGGCUGUGGGUUCCGAAGGCCUCACUUUCCAGGGCCUGUUACCGCUGACGGAGCUGAACGUAAGUCCUCUGGAGGGGACCGGAGAGCCAGCCUUCCAGAUCACAGGCCCGCUGCCCGCACCCCUGCUCGUGCUCUGCCCCAGCCACGAGGAGCUCAGCCGCUGGCUCUACCACCUGGACAAGCAGAUGGCCCUCUCGGGAGGCCUGCGGCGCUGCCACUCGGCACCCCCGCAGCGCAGGCUCACCAGGAUGCGGACCCUGUCUGGACGCCACGCCGGGGGCAGUGCCAUUUGUGCCUCCAGGGUGAAACUGCAGCACCUGCCGUCCCAGGAACCGUGUGACCGGCUGCUGCUCCUGUACCCCAACUCUCUAGCUAUUUUCUCCGAGGAGCCCGACGGACUUUGCUUCAAGGGGGAGCUGCCGCUCAGCGCCAUCCACAUCAACCUGGAGGAGAAGGACAAGCAGAUCCGCUCCUUCCUGAUCGAAGGUCACCUCAUCAACAGCAUCCGAGUGCUGUGUGCCACCUACGAGGACUACAGCCGCUGGCUGCUGUGUCUGCAGGCCGUGACCGGCUCCCAGAGCUUCUCAGGACUCCGGGCACCCCCACAGGUCGGGGGCAGUGGCCGAGGCUCACUCUCCUCAGAUGGAAGAACCAGCUGGGACUCGGGGCGCCCUGCGUCCCCGUCCAUUCACACUCAUUCCCUCCCCGAGUCCACAAUGCCACCUCCCGUGAGCUGCCCUGCACAGGCUCUGCCCGAGCCGGGCAGCACCAGCCGGCACAAGGCGGAACUGAGAAGGGGCAGCAGCGCUCACGCCCCCAGGAGCAAGGCCCGGGGAGAGCGGUCUGGCCCAGUCAGCCCCCUGCACCUGGACCUGACCAAGGUGGGCCCGGGAGCUGGCCUGCCCUCCGUCCGCAGGGCCCCAUCCAAGGAGCGAGCCCCAGGAACCUGUGUCCUUCCUGUCCUUCCUUGUCCACAGCUGAGCGUGGAUAGUGGCCUCGAGGCCCAGGAUCCCUCUCUGGAGACCCCACAGUCCCCGCUCUACGCCGACCCCUACACGCCCCCGGCCACCUCCCACCACAAGAUCACAGACGUCCGGGGCCUGGACGAGUUCCUCAGCGCCAUGCAGAGCUCGUUGGGGACCGAGCCCCCCGGCUCCUUCCCUUCGGUUCCCGUGUCUGUGCCUGUGUCGGAUCCCAGCUGUGGACCCUCCAAGAAAGGCAAUCUGGUGUCCCGAGCAGCCCCUCGGCACCGGGGCUCCCUUCGAGGCCGGGUCCCGCCGCAUCCAGAUUCCCCAAAGCUCGUCUCCCCCCGAGGGAAGGAAGGGUUGCCACCCUCCACGCUGCCUUCCUCAGAUGGCCGCCCCUCCAGGACCCACGACCACCACCUCUGGGACAAGGCACCGUCCCCCUCCCGGCAGCAGUGGCCCCGGCUCAACGUGCCCGAGACAGAGGGGGGACCCCUGCACUGGAUCUGAACCCCACGAGGGCUGCGCCUGCCAGCACCCACCCGGAGUCAGAACUGAGUGGGAGACCCCAGGUUUGGGAAGGACCCAAGAUUCUGGCGGCCCUCGGGGGACACCCUGAAGAACUGGACCAUGACCACUGCUGGAGAGGGAGCAGGGGAGGGGCUACACCUGGGGUGAGAGCAGCACAGGGGUACAAGGGUCUGAGGGCAGGCGGGGCAUCGUGGCCUGUGUGGGACAGGUGGAGAGGAAACAGAAGUAAAGUCGCAGAAAGGUU